AUGUCCGAGACCCAGGAUAUCGACAUCGAACUAGGAAAGCUUCCUACACCAAGUGAGGAAAGCUCAAGGCCUGCCACAGCCCGAGAGCUGUGGGAUGAGUACGCGGAUUCACAGACGGGCUUGCCAGGACUGGCUCUUGCACUAGCCAGCGAUGCGACUUUGGGUAACCAUUGCGUGCACCUUCCGGUGUCGUAUAUGUGUGGAAUGUAUGAAGAGGGGAGAGUAGAAGCUCUUGUCGCCAAAGUUAUCCAGCGAGAAAAGGAUGGGACUGCACCAGCCCGAGGCGAGUACGACGAGCUCUACGAGGAGCUGUCUGCAACGCAGCGGAAUCAUCUCAACACGGUCCUCAGCCUUCACGCCGUGCACAGUUUGGACAUACCUCCAGAGAAGCACAUGGAACGUUUGGAGCAUAUCUCCUGGUUCUAUACUGGUGACAAGAGCCCCGGGCUUCCUUUCAAUAGGUCUCCGGAGAUGUUCAGAACCGUUGGGAAGAAGAGCGCCGUGGAAAAGUUUCUGGAUCGGAUUCUCAGCCGCCGUCUGGGAAGGUUGCUGUUUUGGGUCAAACCGACAGAGUUCGAGGCUGAUGGCUGGCGAAUCUCGAGAAUCGGGAUGAACAGAAGCCAUAUCGUUGUGACCACCAUCACUUUCAUUGGAAUCAUGCUUGCGUGUUUCCUCCCUAUCGGCCUUUUGGUGUUCGGAACCGGCUCUACGACCGCAUUCAGCGGCGUUGCCCUGGGAAUAAGCGUUGUCGCAGUGGCGGUGAUGCUGUAUGGCGGCAGAAACAGUGCCGGCAUCUUUUUGGCUGUUCUCGCGUAUCUCGCAGUCAUUAUAACGGCCAUCCUCAGCCGACGGUUCGCCAUUUCCUGA